AUGUCUUUAACAGGGAUAAGUGAUCAGUACUUGGUUACCUUGGCUACUUUUCUGAGGCAGACGCUCGAUCCUGCCACGAGACAACAAGCUGAAAGAGAACUUUUUACUGCGGAAGCUGAGCAACAAGAUUUUCCGAUAGCAAUUUUGCAGUUGAUCACUAAAGAUGACAUAGAUCCAAGUGUUCGUUUUGCUGCAUCCUUAGUUUUCAAAAAUUAUGUGAAAAGGAAUUGGUUAGAGCAGGAAGACGGACAGAAAAUCCAUACGCAAAUUCGACUUGCUAUUAAAGAAUGCAUUAUCGACAUUUUAGUAACUGUUCCUUCACACGUGCAACUUCAACUCGGUGAAGCAGUCACUGUGAUCGCAAGUAAUGACUUUCCAAUGCAAUGGCAAAGCUUAAUACAGCAAUUGGUUAGUAAACUUGAUCCGGAAGAUUAUAUCCGCAAUAAUGGCGUUUUACAAACUGCACACUCUAUAUUUAAGAGAUGGAGACAUGAAUUCCGGUCGGAUCCUUUGUUCGCAGAGAUUAACUUUGUCCUGGAGCAAUUCUGUUCACCAUUUUUUCGGUUAUUACAAAACACAGAUGCAAAGAUCGUUGAAUAUUCACAAGACAAAGCGCGUCUACAAGUAUACGCACAAACAUUGCUUCUAUUAAUGAAAUUGUUUUACGACCUUAAUUGCCAAGAUAUCCCCCCAUUUUUCGAAGACAAUAUAGAUCCGUGUAUGACUAUGUUGCAUAAUUAUAUUACAUAUUCUAAUCCCUUAUUAGAAUCUGAGGUGAGCGAUGAUGAAGCAGGACCACUGGAGAAAAUUAAAUCUUCAAUUUGUGAAAUAGUGACAUUAUACACUAUGAAAUACGAAGAAUUUUUUACACAAUUGCCUCAAUUUGUUCAGACGAUAUGGGCCUUGCUCACAACAACGGGUUUAGAAUCGAAAUAUGAUCUGCUCGUUAGUAAGGCUAUGGAUUUCUUGUCUACGGUAGUCAAAUUGGAAAGAUAUCAUAAUCUUUUCAACAAUGAAACUACGCUCAGACAAUUAUGUGAAAAUAUCGUGCUUCCAAACAUGUAUCUGCGAAGCGUAGACGAAGAAUUAUUUGAAUGCGAUCCGAUUGAGUAUAUUAGGAGAGAUUUGGAAGGAUCAGAUAGUGACACUCGUAGACGAGCUGCUUCUGACUUCGUACGGAGUAUGAUGACUCACUUUAUGGCGGACAUUACACGUAUUAUUGGAUCGUAUAUUACACAAUAUCUUAUGCGUUACAGCGAAAGUCCAAGUAAUUGGAAAGAUAAGGAUGCUGCGAUAUAUCUUUUGACUUCCAUAGCGACCCCAGGAACCGCAACGAAGCACGGCCUCACUGUAGUUAAUGACUUAGUAGAUGUUGUUGAGUGGUUUUCGACAAAUAUCUUACCUGACUUGCAAACACCCAUCGAUAGCGGUCAACCAGUAUUAAAGGUUGAUGCCAUUAAAUAUUUGUAUACUUUUCGAAAUCAGAUGACCAAAGAUCGAUUAAUCACAGUGUUCCCGUUACUUGUUAAACAUCUUUCAUCUCAAAAUUACGUUGUUCAUACGUAUGCUGCGAUUGCCAUUGAACGAAUUCUAUUUAUGCGAAAAGAUAAUGUCAUGGUAUUCAACAAGACCGAUAUUAAACCUUUUACACAAGAUCUUCUUGUUAGCUUAUUUAGAUUGAUCGAGGCUGGGUCAACUCCAGAAACUUUGGCAGAAAACGAUUAUUUAAUGAAAGCCGUUAUGAGAGUUAUUUUUACGGCUCGUGAAGAUAUGGUUCCAUAUGUUGCAGAUAUUAUGGACCAUCUAAAUAAAAUAUUAGGUGAAAUCAGCAAAAAUCCUAGUAAUCCACGUUUCAAUCAUUACGUUUUUGAAUCAAUUGGUGCAUUAGUGAGGUUUAUUUGUUCCAACAAUCCAGCUGCAUUGCAAGAUUUCGAAGGUAUAUUACUUGGACCAUUUCAGGCUAUCUUACAGCAGGAUGUUGUUGAAUUUGUUCCGUAUGUGUUUCAAAUAUUUUCACAGCUCCUUGAAUUUCACCAAGAAACGCAGUUGCCAGAUAUAUAUAAAAGCCUCCUACCAGCUCUAUUAUUACCUAAUCUUUGGGAGUCUUCUGGCAAUGUACCUGCCCUGGUUAGGAUGCUUCAUGCAUAUAUAUACCGUGAUUCCAGUGGCAUCAUUGCGAAUAAACAAUUAGAACCAAUUCUAGGAAUCUUUCAGAAAUUAAUUGCAUCGAAAGCCAACGACAAAUAUGGACUUGAAUUAUUAUGCACUAUUGUUCAAUACGUGCCAACUGAGACACUCAAUCAGUACAUUGGAGCUAUCAUAUCAUUACUGCUGAGAAGAUUGCAAAGCAGUAAGACUGAGAAAUUCACAUUGGGUUUUGUGAAUUUUGUUUGUUUCUUCAUUGCAAUAAAUUUGCACAGCGGUCCGGACUAUGUUAUACAGGCUUUUGAUUCUAUCCAAGAGAAAUUGUUCUUGGAGGUUUUAAAUGCUUUUAUCAUUCCAGAUUUGCAAAAGGUUCAAGGUUAUACAGAUCGAAAGGUUUGUUCUGUAGCUAUGACACGUCUAUUGACGCAGAGUAACUUGAUUCUAUCAGAACAGUACAUCAAUAUAUGGCCAGUCGUUCUCGCGGCGUUAAUCAAAUUAUUUGAAGCACCAACUGAAAUUGAAAAUUAUGAUGCGGUUGACGAAUUGCUUAAUUUUGAUUUCGAAGAAGAUAGACAGUUUCAAGCAUCAUUUUCUAAAUUAACUACAACCAGCAAACCCCGCAGUGAUCCGACUGCGUCCAUCUCGGAACCAAAAAUAUACUUGGCCCAAGAGCUCCAGAGAUUAAGUCAGGCUCACCCUGAUGGAAAGAUUACCGAGAUGAUACAAUCACGACUUCCACAAGAGUGCACGCCUCACCUAUUCCAAUAUAUGGCUUUAGCAAAUCAGGUCCAUGCAAGCGAGUAA